AUCCCACCAGAACAUAAAAAUAAAAAAAAAUAAAAAACAAAACCCAUAUUCUUUUUUUUCCGGUUCUUGUCUGAACAUCCAAAGUUCCAGACGUACAAGCAAGCCUUCAGUCCCUGUUUGUUUCCCAGGAAAAUAAGAGAGUCCCCCACGCCGGAAAAUCCUGAAUUUUCCGGGAACCUUUGCCGAAGAAUGGUUUCCCGGGAAAACACCAAUUGGCUUUUCGAUUACGGCUUGAUUGAUGAUAUUCCCGUUCCUGAUGCCACCUUCGCUGUCCCUUCCUCCGGGUUCACCUGGUCCCCUCAGGCCUUGAAUGCUUCUUCCAAUGUCGGAAUACCAUCUGCUCAUAGUGUUGAAAUUGAUGGCUCAUUGGGGGAUUCUGACAGUCUCAAAGAGGCUGGUUCAAAGAAGAGGGGUAGAUCUGAGUCAUGUGCUGCUACUGGCUCCAAGGCAUGUCGGGAGAAGUUGCGGAGGGAUAGGCUUAAUGACAAGUUUGUUGAAUUGGGCUCCAUUUUGGAGCCUGGAAGGCCUACCAAAACAGACAAGGCUGCUAUCCUGAUUGAUGCUGUCCGAAUGGUUACACAGUUACGGGGUGAAGCCCAGAAGUUGAAAGACAAUAAUAUGGGUCUUCAAGAAAAGAUUAAAGAGUUAAAGGCUGAGAAAAAUGAGCUUCGUGAUGAGAAACAGAGGCUCAAGGCAGAGAAAGAGAAGUUGGAGCAGCAGCUGAAAUCAAUGAAUACACAACCUAGUUUCUUGCCUCCCCCUGCUGCAAUCCCUGCUGCAUUUGCUGCACAAGGCCAAGCCCAUGGCAACAAAUUGGUACCUUUCAUUAGUUAUCCAGGAGUAGCAAUGUGGCAGUUUAUGCCACCUGCUGCAGUAGAUACCUCUCAGGAUCACGUACUCCGUCCUCCAGUUGCCUAAGUUGGCACUGGAUAAUUCUUUGGGCUUCCGUAUUGGCUCAAUGCUGUAUCCAUUUACCCAUACCUUCUUGGCUUUGUUAGUUUUCUACUAAGGAUUCUAACUGGACCGAUGGUGACUUCUGACUGUAUUUGGCAUAUGAUACUACUAUGAAUUAUGCUGAUAUUUGCGUGUAAAUGUUAUAAGCUUAUCUGGCUCCUCGCCUCAGUUCCAAUAGUUGCUAAUGCCUUCUGAGAUAAUCCAAUGUCAAGGUAGACAGCAAUGUUAUUUUGGCUUAGGCUUGCAAAAUAGGGAAGAAUGCAUUCUUGUAAGUAGAAAUGUUUUAACAAUCAAGGAAGCAAUAAGAGCAAAUG